UUCCUGAUGAUACUAAUUUGAGUUUGAGUCGAAGAGAAAGUUUCUAUGGUUUGAGUAAACUGCGAAGGAGGCGUUUGUUUACCUUUGCGAUGAUCGACCAUUGACUUGUGAACUCUGCUACCCGUUUCAAAAUGGCACCCGUGAAAAGUGUGUGUUUGAAGACUUUAAUCAAGAAAGGUGAGCAGCCGCUGGCUGAAAAUUUUGAAGUGAAAGAAUCUGAUGAAUCUUUCACACUGGAAGAUGGUCAGGUACUUGUGAAAACCCUGUAUCUGUCUGUGGACCCCAUUCUGCGAUACAAAAUGAGCCAGGGUACUUUUCUGUCGCCAUGGACUGUUGGAGAGCCGUGCAUUGGUGUAGGUGUGGGUGUCGUUUUGGAAAGCAAGUUUCAAGGGAUCGCUGUUCACGACAUCGUUGAAUCUCGUAAUUUUCCCUGGAAGACGCAAUUUACAAUCGAUGGAAAAACUUUGAACAAAUUUGAUCAAGAAGUCUUCAGAGCAAAACCUUCCCUGGCACUUGGGUGCUGUGGACUCACAGGACUCACUGCAUACUUUGGCAUUAGAGAAAAGUGUCACAUCUCACCAGAAAGGAAGCAAACUGUUGUUGUUAGCGGUGCAGCAGGAGGAGUUGGAUCUAUUGCUGGACAGCUGGCAAAAAUCAAUGGUGCUUCCAAUGUUGUUGGCAUUUGUGGCUCUGAGACCAAAUGCAACUUUCUUAAAGAAGAGCUUGGUUUUAAUGGGGCAAUCAACUACAAAACAGAUGACAUCUAUGGAGCAUUGAGGAAGUUAUGCCCAAAUGGGGUUGAUUGCUACUUUGAUAAUGUUGGUGGGGACAUUAGCGACCACAUAAUCAGGCAAAUGAACAAAAACUCUUGCAUUGCUGUUUGUGGACAAAUCGCUGAUUACAAUAAGGAUGUCCCUUUUCGGCAAGAUCUAUCACCAGACAUUGCUGGAUCGAUAAAGGAAAAGAACAUACGCAGAGAAUUCUUUGCUGUUUCAAAUUACAAAGUGGAGUUCAAAGCAGCAGUUGCAGAGUUGGCUGGUUGGUACGUAGAAGGGAAACUGAAGGCCAAAGAAACUGUAUUUGAGGGGAUUGAGAACACAGGAAAAGCGUUCAUCUCUGUUUUAACUGGUGGAAAUAUUGGAAAACAGCUUGUUCAAGUAAGUGCAGGGCAUUAGGAAAGUUGUAUUGGAUAGAAGGAAGGACACGACGUGAGUUUGCUACAUCAAUUUAGCUUGUUUGCAAGGACGGACAAUAUGGAAUUGACUAAACGGCACUUUUAUAUACCAAAUGUUGUUUGCUGUUGCUCAGUGCAUGUGGCUUAACGAAUGCAAUAUUUCCAUGACAGCAUGGGGAUCAAGUCUUGAUCGGCUGAGAACGUGCAGUUAGUCAUGUGGCCUCUCUCACCACUGGCCGAUCACAGCCCAAUU